AUGCCCACCGGCCCGCCCGCCGACAAGUCCAGGCAAACGUCCGCUGGGAAGUCCUUUUUCGGGAGGAAAUUGUACAAGGAGAGGCCGGCUGAUGAGCGAUCGGAUGGGUAUGGGGGUUCCUACGACAGCCUGGCGCCGCCUGCCAGUGUGGCCGGUUCCCGAUCAUCCCGAUACUCAAUGCGCUCGUCAAUCCAAUCUGUCGAUAUGACUGGAGACAUAGACACAGCCAGCCUCGCCCCCACAGCCGGUGUUAUCACAUCUAUUCCCUACGACAGUAUGCCCUCCGGCACGAGAACACCUAUCCCGAUCGACAGCAUGUCCCGCCCUGACUCCUCCUCCCGCCAUGAACCCUCACCCAACAACCUUGGCAAAACCGGCGGUGAUUACCAUCAAUAUCCCACCUGGACGUCUUCCUCUGCGCCAAAUGGAUACGCUUCACAUCCCUCCGGCCCCCGCCCACCCCCUCACACCUCUGGCAUGACCAUGACCAGCAGUACCUCGGGAGACCGGGGGACGCGAUACCAACAAUGGGGUCGCCCCGGUAGUUCAGCCGCGAAUCACUCGAUAGACUCCUCUUCCAAUUCUCGUACAUCACUUGAUCAGACCAGUUUAUACUCCUCGCAUUCUUCCAACACCCGUGGCUCGAACUAUUUCUCCGCAGACGGCUCCUCCCGUACCCUCACCCCCUCCCACUCGAGUGACCGCAAUACCGUCUUCCCCAGCAGCAGUUCUGGUCGCCUUUCAAACGCCGCAGCCUCGCACCAGCCCAUACCCGCUGCAGUGCCUCGCCCACCGGAUAACUACCUGACCCGUCCUAGGGACGACCGGGUUGUGGAUCAGUUGUUCUUGGAGUUGAUGCAGAAGCGUGGGUGGCAGAAUCUUCCUGAACAGGCGAAGCGGCAGAUGUUGUCAUAUCCGGCUUCCAAGAAGUGGACUUUGGUUCACCAGGAUCGUUUGACGGAGUUGCAAGGCGAGCAGAAACGGAGACAGAAUGCUCGCCAGACGCAUGGGCAUGAUGGACUCUCGGGCCUGCUAGAGCGGGCCGACGAGGAAGGAAGCCCGGAGUGGUAUGUGAAGAAAGUCAUGGAUGAUACAAUUACGUCCAAGCAACUCGCUAGUCUGAGUGUCAGUCUACGGACGCAGCCGAUUAGUUGGGUGAAAGCUUUCGUCGAAGCUCAGGGUCAAGUUGCCCUUACAAAUGUUCUCCAAAAGAUUAAUCGCCGCAAAGCUUCUGGUCCCGUUCCUGCUCCUCCAUCGGGUGACAAGGAUCUUGAUCGUGAAUAUGAUAUCGCCAAGUGUUUGAAGGGUGUCAUGAACAACAAGUAUGGUGCGGACGAUGCCCUUGAACACCAAGGAGUUCUGGUCGCCCUCGUCAACUCGCUUUCGUCCCCUCGUCUCCAGACCCGGAAACUCGUCAGCGAGGUUCUCACCUUCCUGUGCCACUGGGCCGAAGGUCAAGGCCACCAAAAGGUCCUCCAGGCUAUGGACAAGGUCAAACAUGACCAUAAUGAAACCGGCCGCUUCGAUGCAUGGAUGCGUAUCACUGAAGUCACCAUUGAUGGCCGUGGCAAGAUGGGCAGUCUAGUCGGUGCCAGUGAGGAGUACCGCAGCGGUGGCAUUGGCAUGGAGAAUCUGUUGAUGGAAUACGCCGUCUCGACAAUGAUCCUGAUUAAUAUGCUUGUUGAUGGUGCCGAGAAUGACCUCCAGCUGCGAUGCCAUAUCCGCGCGCAAUUCAUCUCAUGUGGUAUCAAGCGACUGCUCACGAAGAUGGAGGGCUUCCAGUAUGAAGUCAUUGACAAGCAGAUUGAGCGGUUCCGCGAAAAUGAGGCUAUCGAUUAUGAGGAUCUGCUUCAGCGCGAGGGCAGCAGUAUGAAGGAUAGUGUCGAGGGCGAGGUCAAGGAUAUGAGUGACCCCCUUCAGAUUGCGGAUGCUAUCGCCAUGAAGAUUCAGGGUACUCGUUCGCAUGACUAUUUUCUCUCGGCUAUGCAGCAUAUGCUGUUGAUUCGAGAGAAUGCCGGCGAAGAGGGCCUGCGCAUGUUCCAACUUGUUGAUGCUAUGAUGAGUUACGUUGCUAUGGACCGGAGGUUGCCUGAUCUAGAUCUUCGUCAGGGCUUGAACUUUACCGUGCAGAGCCUGUUGGACCGUCUUCACACCGAUGCCGAGGCGAGGCGAGUGUAUGAUGAAGCCCUGGAGGCGCGCCAGAUCGCCGAGGCUGCCAUUGCGGAGCGUGAUGAGAUGAAAGCCCAGGUUGAACUUGGUGCUGAAGGUCUAGUCAAGAAACUCCAAAAGCAGAUCGACGAGCAGGCCGGCAUUAUCGAGCUUCAGGGCCGCCAAAACGAAACUUUCAAGGCCGAGGUUGCUGAAGUCCAGCGGUUACGUGCACAAGAAUUGCAGCGCAAUGAAUUAGAGACCCGUGAGCUGUACCUUAUGCUUCGUGAUGCCCAAGAUAUCGCUGCGUCGAAUGCUAGGAAGCAGGCUAAUGCAUCUGAUGCCGAACCUACCGAUCCUUCUCAAUUGCCGGGUAUUAUGGAUCGUGAGCGCCUCAUGGAACGUCUUGAGCGCCAGCUUGAGCGGACUAAGACUCAGUUCAAGCUGGAGGGCAAGGUCUGGGGCCAGCAUGGCCCUUCUGACCGUCUCCGCGAGCUCCGUGAGAGGAUGGAAGGAGACGUCGAUUAUAGCGAGGAAUUCGCCGAGUCUACUCGUCGGAACCUGGAUCCUAGUUCCCUGGGUUCUGUCUACCGGAAGCGCAGCCAUGUACCUGAAAUGGACCAGGGCCCCGAUGGUCUGCCCAUGUCGCCCGUUGAUGAGGAUGAAGAGGCUGUGUACGAGAAGCCUCGUUUGAUUGAGUACCAGCGUCCACGCAUGAACCCUGCCCAGGCUACUGGUCUGCUUGGUGAACUUGCUUCCAAGGUGCCCAAGUAUGAUGACGAUUCGGAUGCUGCUGCUGCCGCGGCCGCGGAUGAGUCUACCAAGCCUGAAGAUGUUGGCGAUCAAUGCCUCCCCCUCCCCCUCCGCCUCCAUCGGGCGGGAAACUCGUUGUCCCUCCCCCACCCCCCGCCUGGUGGUGCCACGGCUGUUGUUCCUCCCCCUCCUCCUCCCCCAGGCGGAAAACUCGCUAUUCCCCCUCCGCCUCCGCCUGGUGGUGCCAAGGGUAUCUCCGGCGCUCCUCCACCACCUCCCCCUCCUGGUGGAAAGAUUGGCAUCCCCCCUCCGCCGCCUCCCCCUGGCGGUGGCAUUGGACUUCCACCCCCGCCUCCUCCGGGAGCGCCUGGUGGCUUUGCUCCUCCUCCUCCUCCGCCUCCCAGUGCUCCUUUGGGCGCUGGCUGGAGACCCACAUAUAUGGUUCAAGACGAUAUGUCGUCUUCGAUCACUGGCAUGCCUUCUAUCCGACCUAAGAAGAAACUCAAGGCUCUGCAUUGGGACAAGGUUGAUACUCCACAGGUAACCGUUUGGGCUGCCCAUGCACCGACUCAACAAGAGAAGGAGCAGAAGUAUACCGACCUAGCCAAGAAGGGCGUCCUUGAUGAAGUCGAGCGCCUGUUCAUGGCCAAGGAAACUAAAAUCUUCGGAGCAAGCACCGCAGCCAAGCAACGCAAGGACAAGAAGCAGAUUAUUUCUAAUGAUCUGUCGAAGAAUUUCCAGAUCGCCCUUUCCAAAUUCUCUCAGUUCCCGGCUGAGGAUGUUACGCGUAUGAUUAUUCACUGUGACACGGAGAUUUUGGAUAAUAUGGUUGUGAUGGACUUCUUGCAAAGAGACGAAAUGUGCUCGAUCCCCGAGAAUGUUGCCAAGUUGAUGGCUCCGUAUAGUCGGGAUUGGACUGUUCCUGGUGCUGCUAGCUCGGAGCGCGAGCAAGAUCCGACUGAACUCACUCGUGAAGAUCAGAUUUAUCUGUCUACUGCCUUUGAGCUGAAUCAUUACUGGAAGGCUCGUAUGAGAGCUCUUGCUUUGACGCGCUCCUUCGAGCACGAGUAUGAGUACAUUUCUACCCGACUGCAGGAGGUUGUCCGGGUCAGCGAGUCCCUGCGUGACUCGGUUUCCCUGAUGAAUGUCCUCGGUUUGAUUCUUGACAUUGGUAACUUCAUGAACGAUGCCAACAAGCAAGCGCAAGGUUUCAAGCUGAGCUCUCUUGCACGUCUGGGUAUGGUCAAGGACGACAAGAACGAGACUACCUUUGCCGAUCUGGUCGAGCGUAUCGUGCGCAACCAGUACCCCGAAUGGGAGGGCUUCAGUGAGGAGAUUGGUGGCGUGAUCGGCCUGCAGAAGGUCAGCGUUGACCAGCUGCGCACGGAUUCCAUCAAGUACAUCAGCAAUAUCAAGAAUGUGCAGGCUAGCUUGGAUGCGGGUAAUCUCAGCGAUCCGAAGAAGUUCCACCCUCAGGAUCGUGUCAGCCAGAUUGUUCAGCGGAGUAUGAAGGAUGCUCGUCGCAAGGCUGAGCAGUUGCAGCUGUACCUGGAUGAGAUGGUCAAGUCGUAUGACGAUAUCAUGGUCUUCUAUGGCGAGGACAACGCUGAUGAGAAUGCUCGGCGAGACUUCUUUGCGAAGUUGGCUUCGUUCUUGAUGGAAUGGAAGAAAUCUCGCGAGAAGAAUAUCGGCUUGGAAGAGUCCAGAAAACGCACGGAGGCUUCUCUGGCUCGCAAGCGCAUCAAUGUCAACCUUGCCAAUGGUGCUGCCACCGAAUCACCCAAUUCACCUGCAACCAGCGGAGCCAUGGACUCGCUACUCGAGAAGCUGCGUGCUGCUGCGCCCCAAACCAAGGACGUGCGAGAUCGUCGCCGUCGUGCCCGUCUCAAGGAACGUCAUCAAGUGCGCGUUGCUUCUGGUCAGAAGCCGCCCGAUCUCUCAGGAGCUGAGGGAGGCGAAGGGUCAGACCAGCCUGCUGAUGGCAGUGCCCAAACGGAUGAGAAUGGCCUUCUGAGCCCGCCUGUCCCCGCCGAAGGUGAAGACGGCGCUAAAGAGGCUCAGAUCUCGGAAGGCGAGGACGUUGCAGACCGCGCUGCCAGUAUGCUUCUAGGCUUGAGGAGUAACUCUGACGCGAACGGGGAUCGACAACGUCGCCGACGAGAAAGCGCUGAUGAAGAGCGUCGUCAACGUCGUAUGAGACGACGGAAUGGUGCAGGCAGCAAAGAUAGUGCUGAUGGUUCAGGUGCUGGUCUCGCAACCGUCCAGGAACCGACUUCACCAUCACAAGCAGGCUCUGUCGCUGGCGGCGAUGACCCGCUCCCGAGCCCGAUCCCAGAUGAUUUGAAGCCCUCCGUGCCACCUGAGAUUGUUGUCUCGGAGCAACAUGACGAUGGCCCGUCUGAACAAGAACCAACAGCUGAUGGAUCCUCUGCCAACCAUCCGAUUGAAUUAUCGGAUUGA